CCAAUCCUUGCGGCACAUCAUUGGUCACUGACCUUGCAUUUGAAAAUGUAGUAAGAUAUGCAAAGAUUAAAAGAUUAAAGAUUAACUUUAUUUGUCACAUGUACAUUGAAAUGUACAGUAAAAUGUGUUGUUUGCGUCAGUGACCAGCAUCAUCUGAGGAUUAUGCUGAGGCCACCCCACAAGUGUUACCUGCUUUCAGCGCCAACACAGCAUGCCGAAACUUUCCUAACUCGCCUUUGGAAUGUGCAAAGAGACUGGAGCAUCCAGAGGAAACCCACAUGCUCAUGAGAAGAGCAUACAAAUUCCUGGCAACUUCGCCCAGAAUGUAACAGUAAUGUACAGUACACACCAGUGGAAAUUUACAGUGGAUAAUUAAGCUACCAACUUGCACAUCAACUUACAUGGGGUUUACAAAGAGGCCCACUUUUAGGAGCGGGCAGUGUCGGUACGGGCAGCGGAGCAGGAGUCAGGAGUGCUCGAGGUCGACAGACGACUGGAGGUCGGAGGAUUGGAGGAUCAGCCAUCGUAGGUAGGCCGAGACCGUCGGACCUACCUGGACAGUACCUGAGGAGGAAGGUAAAACUGCGCAGGCGUGGGUGACGUCAGCGGCAAGCGCGGGGUUUAAAAAGAGGCCCACUUUCACUAGCGGGCAGUGGAGUGCUGGGCUUUGGCUCAGCGGGCUUUGGCGCAAGGGGAAUUUGGUGAGAGGAAAUCAGUGAGCCUGAGUACGUGCUUGCUGAGGUAAAAAAAAAAGGUAAGGUCGGUAGGUUCUUUUUUUCAUUUAUUCUGACUAAUCUGGGAUCAGGUAAUGGGGGAGACAGUCAGAGCAGUGGUGUGCUCCGUAUGCAGUAUGUGGGAGGUCAGGGUCAACACAGCAGUCCCUGAUGACCACACCUGCAAAAGGUGCAUCCAGCUGCAGCUCCUAUCAGACCGAGUUAGGGAAUUGGAGCAGGAGCUGGAUGAACUACGGAUCAGAGGCAGAGGCAGAGAUAGAUAAGAGUUAUCGGGAGGUAGUCACACUGAAAAGACAGGAGGUAGACAAAUGGGUCUCAGUCAAGAGAGGCAGGGGGAGCAGACAGAGAGAGCAGAGCACCCUUGUGGCCGUUCUCAUCAACAGUAAAUAUACCGUUUUGGAUACUGUUGGUGGGGAUGACCUACCAGGAACAAGUUGCAGUGGUCCUGUCUCUGGCACUGAGGUUGGACCCUCGACUAGGAAGGGGAGGAGGGAAGAGAAGAGAGCGGUAGUGAUAGGGGAUUCUAUAGUCAGGGGGGCGGAUGGGAGAUUCUGUGGGGAAGAUCUGGAGUCUCGGAUGGUAUGUUGCCUCCCUGGUGCCGGGGUCCGGGACAUCUCAGAUCGGGUGCAGGUCAUUCUCAAGAGGGAGGGCAAGAGCCCAGAUGUUGUGGUCCAUCUAGGGACCAACGAUGUGGGUAGGAUGAGUGAGGGGGUCCUGCGUAGUGAGUUCAGGGAGUUAGGUGUGAAGCUGAAGGGCAGGACCUCCAGGGUAACAAUCUCAGGAUUGCUACCUGUGCCACGUGCAAGUGAGGCAAGGAACAGAAAGAUUGUAAAGAUUAAUACGUGGCUGAGAGGAUGGUGCAGGAGGGAGGGCUUCAGGUUUUUAGAUAAUUGGGCUUUGUUCCAGGGAAGGUGGGAUCUGUUCCGACGGGACGGUUUACACCUGAACUGGAGCAGUACUAACAUUCUUGCAGGAAAGUUCGCUAGUGCCUCUCGGGAGGGGUUUAAACUAAAUUUGCAGGGGGCAGGGAUCCAGAAUGCGAGAGAGGAUAGUGAGAUGAAGAAUAAAGGACAGGUGGGGACUACACGGUUCUGGAAUAUUAAGUGUGUAGUAGAGAAAGGUGAGGCAGAACAAGUGAUAAGGAGGACACAUGUACAAAGGGAUGGUCUGACAGAACAUGGAGUUGAAUGUGGAGAAAGAAUAAGUAAAUUUAGGAAGGACAACAAAAUUCAAGGGGCGUAUAGCCCAGUGGGAAUUCAGGGAGCUGGGUUAAGCACAAUAGGCAGCAAUUUAAACAGAGAGAGGAGAAAUGGGCUAAUAAUUCUAUAUCUGAAUGCACGAAGUGUCAGAAAUAAGGCGGAUGAGCUUGAAGCUCAGGUGCAAAAGGGUAACUAUGAUGUUGUUGCGAUAACGGAGACAUGGCUGUAGGGAGAUCAGACCUGGGAAAUGAAUGUACAGGGGUAUACGUGCUAUCGUAGGGACAGAAAUGUGGACAGAUGGGGUAGAGUGGCCCUGUUGGUGAGGAAUGAGAUUCAGUCCUUUGCAAGGGGGGACAUAGGAUCAGGAGAUGUAGAGUCUGUGUGGAUAGAACUGAGGAACAGUAAGGGCAAAAAGACCCUAAUGAGUGUUAUCUACAGGCCCCCAAACAGUAGCAUGGAUAUUGGGUGCAAGUUGAAUAGGGAUUUAACAUUGACAUGUGGCAAAGGUAAUGUCGCAGUAGUUAUGGGGGAUUUCAACAUGCAGGUGAAUUGGGAGAAUCAGGUUGGUGCUGGACCCCAGGAUAGGGAGUUUGUAGCGUGCCUAUGGGAUGCAUUCUUGGAACAGCUUGUAUGAGAGCCGACCAGGGACAAGGCUAUUCUGGAUUUAGUGUUAUGUAAUGAACAGGAUUUGAUAAGUGAUAUUGCAGUAAAGGAGCCAUUAGGAGGUAGUGACCAUAAUAUGAUAAGUUUUAUCUGCAAUUUGAGAAGGAUAAGGGCAGAUUGGAGGUGUCAUUGUUGCAGUUGAACAGGGCAGACUAUGGAGCCAUGAGGGAGGAGUUGGCCAAAGUUAAAUGGAUGGAUAUCCUAGCAGAAAAGACAGUGGAACAGCACUGGCAGGUAUUCUUGGGAAUAAUGCACAAGGUGCAAAAUCAGUUCAUUCCCCGGAGAAGGAAGGAUUCAAUGGGGGGAAAGGAGUCACAGUGGUUGACAAAGGCAGUCAGAGAUUGCAUAGCAUUAAAAUAAAGGAAGUAUGACAGAGCUAAGGUGAGUGGGAUGUCAGAUGAUUGGGAAAUUUUUAAGGAACAACAGAAUUUAACUAAAAAGGCAAUAUGGGGAGAAACAAUGAGGUACAAAUGCAAGCUAGCCAGGAAUAUAAAGGAGGAUAGCAAAAGCUUUUUUAUGUAUGUGAAGAGAAAGAAGAUAGUUAAGAACAAUGUUGGGCCCUUGAAGAAUGAAUUGGGUGAAAUUGUUAUGGGAAACAGAGAAAUGGCAGAAGAAUUUAAUAAGUACUUUAGAUCUGUUUUCGCUAGGGAAGACACAAGCAAUCUCCCAGAAGUAUGGAUGGGCCAAGGACAUAGGGUAACAGAGGAAAUGAAACAGAUUGACAUUAGGAAGGAAACGGUGAUGAGUAGACUGAUGGGACUGAAGGCUGACAAAUCCCCAGGUCCAGAUGGUCUGCAUCCUUGAGUACUAAAGGAGGUGGCCCUGGAAAUUGAGGAUGCAUUGGUAAUCAUUUUCCAAUGUUCCUUAGAUUCAGGAUCAGUUCCUGAGGAUUGGAGAAUGGCUAAUGUUAUCCCACUUUUUAAGAAAGGAGGCAGGGAGAAAACAAUCGUCCUGUCAGCCUAACAUCAGUAGUGGGGAAGAUGCUAGAGUCCAUUCUUAAAGAUGAAUUAGUGGCAUAUCUAGAUAGCAGUGAUAGGAUUGGGCCUAGCCAGCAUGGAUUUACCAAGGGCAAAUCAUGCUUGACUAAUCUAUUGGAGUUUUUCGAGGAUGUAACCAGGAAGUUAGAUGGGGGAGAUCCAGUGGAUGUAGUGUACCUCGAUUUUCAGAAGGCAUUUGAUAAGGUCCCACAUAGGAGAUUGGUGGGUAAAAUCAGAGCUCAUGGCACUGGGGGGAAGAUCUUGACAUGGAUAGAAAACUGGUUGGCAGAUAGAAAGGAAAGGGUAGCGGUGAAUGGGUGUUUCUCGGAUUGGCUGGUGGUGACUAGUGGGGUGCCACAGGACUCGGUAUUGGGAUCACAGCUGUUUUCGAUUUACAUCAACGAUUUAGAUGAAGGCAUUGAGAAUAACAUCAGCAAGUUUGCUGAUGAUACUAAGCUGGGUGGCAUUGUGACAUAUGAUGAGGAUGUUAGGAGAAUUCAGGGUGACUUGGAUAGGCUGAGUGAGUGGGCAGAUACUUGGCAGAUGAUGUUUAAUGUGAAUAAGUGUGAGGUUAUCCACUUUGGGAGUAAGAACAGGAAGGCAGAUUAUUAUCUGAACGGUGUAGAGUUAGGUAAGGGAGAAAUACAAAGAGAUCUAGGAGUACUUGUUCAUCAGUUACUGAAGGUGAAUGAGCAAGUGCAGCAGGCAGUGAAGAAGGCUAAUGGAAUGUUGGCCUUUAUUACAAAAGGAAUUGAGUACAAGAACAGGGAAAUCCUUUUGCAUUUGCACAGGGCCCUGGUGAGACCACACCUGGAGUAUUGUGUACAGUUUUGGUCUCCAGGGUUAAGGAAGGACAUCCUGGCUAUAGAGGAAGUGCAGCGUAGAUUCACAAGGUUAAUUCCUGGGAUGUCCGGAAUGUCUUACACCGAGAGGUUAGAGAGACUGGGCUUGUACAUGCUGGAAUUGAGGAGAUUGAGAGGGGAUCUGAUUGCAACGUAUAAGAUUAGUAAGGGAUUGGACAAGAUAGAGGCAGGAAAUAUGUUCCAGCUGCUGGGAGAGUCCAGUACCAGAGGGCAUGUUUUGAGAAUAAGGGGUAGGUCAUUUAGGACAAAGUUAAGGAAAAACUUCUUCUCCCAGAGAGUUGUGGGGGUCUGGAAUGCACUGCCUCGGAAGGCAGUGGAGGCCAAUUCUCUGGAUGCUUUCAAGAAGGAGCUAG